AGGGCUGGGACUUGUGCGGGCGGCAAAUUCAGGUUCUCUGUCACCGUAGUGGUCGUCGCAGGCCCGAAUUAGAGGCCAACUGAGAAAUCUUCGUGCCUCAGAUUUGUUGAUCUACAGAAUGCUUCAAUACCUAUAUUUUUGUAGAAUCUAUAAAAAAUUUCUUUCGUGCUGGUUGGAAUCUGGCAUAUUUAAUUUGGGUGUCUGGCCAAAAAAAAUACAUGCUACAGCAGAAAGAUAUAAUGAAUAUGAAGCCCAGGAGCAAACAGAUCAAACGGGAGCUCAGGAGUUACAAGACAGAGAUUCUGAAGUGAUGACUAAAUUACAUAUUCCAGUGAUGGUGGAUGAAGUUGUUUGUUGUUUGGCACCACAAAAAAGGCAGUUUUUUCUAGAUAUGACAUUUGGUUCAGGAGGACACACAAGAGCCAUUCUGCAGAAGGAGUCAGAUAUUACUCUGUAUGCCUUAGACAGAGACCCAACAGCUUAUGCAAUAGCUAAACAGCUUUCAGAAUUGUACCCUAAACAGAUCCGAGCCAUCCUGGGCCAGUUCAGCCAGGCAGAAGCCUUACUAAUGAAAGCUGGAGUGCAGCCAGGGACUUUGGAUGGAGUUCUUUUGGAUCUUGGGUGUUCCUCCAUGCAACUUGAUGCCCCUGAAAGAGGUUUUUCCCUUCGGAAGGAUGGCCCCUUGGACAUGAGAAUGGAUGGUUGCAGGUAUCCUGACAUGCCCACCGCAGCUGAUGUUGUGAACGCUUUAGAUCAACAGGCACUUGCAUCCAUCCUGAGAACAUACGGGGAGGAGAAGCACGCCAAGAAAAUCGCUUCAGCAAUCGUUCAGGCACGCAGCAUCUACCCCAUCACCAGAACCCAGCAGCUUGCCAGCAUCGUUGCAGGUGCAUUUCCUCCCUCUGCUACUUAUGCACGAAAAGACUUGCUACAACGAUCUACCCAUAUCGCUACCAAGACUUUCCAAGCUUUUCGCAUAUUUGUGAACAAUGAGCUAAAUGAACUUUACACAGGACUGAAGACAGCUCAGAAGUUUCUGAGACCUGGUGGUCGCCUUGUUGCCCUCUCCUUCCAUUCACUGGAGGAUCGCAUCAUCAAACGAUUCCUGCUUGGGAUAAGCAUGACAGAAAGGUUUAACCUAAGUGCUAGACAGAAGGUGAUACAAAAAUCACAGUUGUGUUCAGAUCAUGAAAACAUGGAAGGAGUCUCUAUAGAAAGGGCCCCUUUAAUGUGGAAAGUGAUGCAUAAGAAGGUACUUACUCCGGAAGAUCAAGAUGUACAAGAUAACCCCAGAGGACGCUCAGCCAAGCUUAGAGCAGCUAUCAAAUUAUGAGAAAGUUAUCAUCAUCUGAUUCUUCAAGUUCUUCCUCACAGUUUCUCGUGUAAUAUUCCUGAACAGCCUAAUAUAAGAAAGUGUGGGAUAUAUAGAGAUAUGUACUAUAUAUGUGUGGAAAUAGGGGGUAUUUAGCAUUUUUUUCUCAAAAAGAAAAUGUAGAAAAUAUUAGCAUGACACAGAUAGCUCAAUUCAAGAUGCAGCAGUGCCUCAAAACUGGAAAAAUUGUUUAUCUUAGCAUUAUAUUUGACUUUUGAAAUGCAGUCCUUUCUCUAACCAGGAAAUUUUUUUAAAAAGAAGAAGAAAAGAGAAGAAUAUGUGUAUUCACUUAACUAUGUAAAUUCAAGCUAUCAAAAGAGAUUAUAAUUAUAUCUGCAUGCCCAAAUUCUGAAUUUAGAUAUUCAGAUUUGCAACAGACUGUCUAUAACUCAAAUAAUUGAUAAUGAUCAUAAAAUGAAUUUUAAUUUUCCUACUUGGGAAUAAUUAAUUACUAUAGCUUUCUCAAAUGUAAGUACUAUGAAAAUUUAAAAUAUUCAACUAUUAUUUUAAAAAUGCAUUAUACAGAUAAAUUUCAUUACUGAAAUUACAGUGUUCAUUGUUUUAAAGGGAUUUUUCAGUAUGAUAUGUGCCAUGUUUUCAUAUAUUAGAAACUAAAAAUGUAGAAUUGCUCUAAUAGGUCUCACAGAGAAUGUUUCACAAAACUUAUAUUUAAAGUCAAUUGUGUUUAUUUUAAUAAUAGCCCAGAAUGCUUUUGAUAAAUAAAAAUCUCUCAUCAUUUGAAACCUGCAAUUUUAAAUUGGGCUAUUCAAAAUAUUCAAAGUCUAUUUGAAAUGGAAAAGUAUGUUAUCUGUUCCAGAUACUAAAAUCAAUGUAAUGAUUUUAUUUACAAAUAGUAACUGUAAUUGUAAAAUGUUUAUUCAGAUGAAGUUCACGUGGCAGAGGAUUCUUUAACAAAUUAAUGAAAUUGAUUCAGUAUUCACAUAACUUUUUAUACAUAAAUAUGCACUUCUAAUUUAUUCAGUUAUGCAGCAAGUACUGAAUUAGGCAAAGAAACAAAGGCGAGUAAAAUACACAUAGCCCAUAGUAUCAGUCCUGUGGAGUUUAUAGUCUAGCCGAGAGGACCAGUGGUAGUUAAAUAAUAAUAAAUAUUAGUAUAAAAUUGACAAAGCGGUAAGGGCUAUACAGAAGUAGUACAAGGUACCAUAAUUACAUCUAGUUCGGAUUUCAUCUACUGAAGGAAACCAGGUCUGACAACAUGGUGCUUGAUUUGUGACUUGAAGGAUGAAUAAGAGAUAAUUAGUAAAAGGAUACAUGGGCAUGUUCAUUGAAGGUGCAUGUAAAUGAUAGUUUUUGUAAGUAGUUUCCCUUGAAGUCAUAUUUAUACUAUUAAUUUGCUCAGUAAACUAUUCAAAUACAGGAAAAAUUCAUCUUCUCAAUUAUGAUUACAAACUCUAAGUUGGUGAAUCCAAUGAAUAAAAUAUCAACA